AGUACAUGUGGUAUAUAGCAGAUAGCAGGGAUAGGAGUAUUGUGUUUCAACGUCUACACUUAAGACUUUCAGAAGAUUCAAAUCGUUGUCUUUAAAGACAAUGCGCAGUGUGGUAGUGAGUGUUUUUCUUGGCCACAUAGUCUUAACAGCGGGUGCGGUAAACAUGACGAAACCGUGCAACGACAUCCAAGUGGAGACCAGUAAGGAGAGUGUUGUGGUGACCUGGCCGUUACCUGUGUUUAACGUGACGUCAGGAGGUGUCACCGGCCGGUGUGACCGCGACCCGGGCGACCGGUUCUUCUGGGGGACGGUCUGGGUCCGAUGUUGGGCUGAGGACCUCAACGGAAAUACUACGGAAUGCCUCUUUACCGUGACCGUAAGGCCGUCUAAAUGCCCAAUGUGGAACCCUCCCCAAAACGGUGCGCUAGCCUGUGAGAGGUGGUUGUUCGGCCAGUCCAAUCCCACCUGCCCAACUGUACAUCUGUGUGCCUCGGGCUUGUGGACGACGACUUCUACCAAAACUUCAGUAAGAUGGCGGGACUGUUUAGAACUGCGGAGUUACAUAACGCACCACAAAGGGCUAAGACAGCAAUAUUUUGCUGACGAUCUCUUGACACAAGAAGAAAAUGCCACAAAAUCCGUACAGCAAAAUUUCGUGGACGUGUUUGAAGGGACUGCCUUCGGAGAACAGGGUGGAUGCGUCGACAACAGUCAAUGUAGACCCGAAAACGUGGCUGUGUUUUGGGGUGAUGCUGUCGAAGUGACCCCUCCCCCGCCUACUACUAGUUUCCUCACCUCUACACUCAUGAUGAUACAGGACAAUACGACACACAUUACCGAAACAGGACCUGUACGAUUGACGACACAGAGCAUAGUCGCGCUAGCAGUCGGAGGUUUGGCAUGUCUACUGCUUACAUUUGGAGUCUACCGUUUCUCCAAAUACUGUCGUAGAAAACGGAGAAGAACACCCGAAGCAAGACCAACUGGACAAGAAUUAAAGGUUAUGUUGUCAUAGGGUCAUAAAUGGAUGUCGACGUGAACUUUGAUGGAGAAAUAGAUAUUAUACUCGUUGGCAUUGUUUGUUGGAAAUCUGGAUACUUUGCAUACAUGUAAACGGUAUGCUUAAUACAGUGUAG